GCCCGAACCCGAUCUCUCUCUCUCUCUCUCUCUCUCUCUCUCUCUCUGUCGGUUUCCAAUUCGAUGCACCGCCCGACGACAAAGAAGGAAGCAGUCCUUCCCUGCUGUCUUUCUUGCCAAGUUCUUGCCUUUUGACACCUCCCCUUUCAUAUGUUCCCUCCUCUUUCUUUCCUUGUCCGUGCUAUUCCGAAUCCCAAUCCCAACUGGCUUAGAGAGGGAGAGAGGGAGCUCAAAGCAGAUGUUUUUGCCAUAGAAGCGGAAGCAAACUCAAUAGCCCAGAAAAGGGAAGAGAGCAGUUGCUGUAAUUAAAGGGAGAGCAGCCAUGCCUGCUGCUGAAGCUGCCGAGUCCGAUGGAGGAGGGGACCCGGAGUCCCUCACUCAACCUCUGCUCAAUUCCCAGAGAUCCGUCAUUAACUCCACCUCCCAGGUGGCCAUUGUUGGCGCCAAGUUGUGCCCCAUUGAGAGCCUUGACUAUGAGAUUGCAGAGAAUGAUUUUUUCAAGCAAGAUUGGAGAGCAAGAGGAAGAGUCCAGAUUUUCCAGUACAUAUUCAUGAAGUGGUUGCUAUGCCUCUUAAUCGGCUCACUUGUCAGUCUUGUCGGGUUCUUCAACAACCUUGCGGUGGAGAACAUUGCAGGCAUUAAGUUUGUCGUCACUUCUAAUAUGAUGUUGACUGGAAGGUAUGGGAUGGCUUUUCUAGUUUUUUCUGUUUCCAAUUUUGUUCUCACCUUAUUCCCAGCUGUAAUCACAUCCUUUAUAUCCCCCACUGCUGCUGGCUCGGGUAUACCAGAAGUCAAGGCUUACCUGAACGGUGUGGAUGCACCGGGGAUUUUUUCGUUACGAACUUUGUUUGUGAAGAUAUUCGGGAGCAUUUCAGCAGUUGCAUCCUCUCUUUUCAUUGGAAAGGCAGGGCCCAUGGUUCACACUGGGGCGUGUAUUGCUUUCCAGUUGAGCCAGGGCGGGUCAAAAAAAUACCACCUAACUUGGAGAUGGUUGCGCUAUUUCAAGAACGACAGAGACCGUAGAGAUCUUAUAACUUGUGGGUCAGCUGCAGGAAUUGCUGCCUCUUUUCGUGCCCCAGUUGGUGGUUUGUUGUUUGCCCUUGAAGAGAUGGCAUCUUGGUGGAGAAGUGCACUUCUCUGGAGAGCUUUCUUUACCACAGCCGUAGUGGCAAUCAUACUUCGGGCACUUAUUGAUGUCUGUCUUAGUGGAAAAUGCGGACUAUUUGGUAAAGGAGGUUUAAUAAUGUACGAUGUCACUUCGACAAAUGUUGCAUAUCACCUCUCGGAUGUGCCCCCCGUGCUUGUCCUUGGCGUUGUCGGGGGAUUGUUGGGGGCCGUUUAUAACUUUCUCUUGGCUAAGGUUCUCCGAGUCUACAGCCUCAUUAAUGAGAAAGGAAAGGUCUGUAAGAUCUUGCUUGCCAGUUGGAUUUCCAUCUUCACAUCAUGUCUCCUGUUCGGGCUCCCAUGGCUUGCAUCGUGCAAAGCCUGCCCCGCCAUUGCAGGGGAAGCAUGCCCCACCAUUGGCCGAUCAGGUAACUACAAGAAGUUUCAAUGCCCCAAUGGAGAGUACAAUGACCUUGCGAGUCUCAUAUUCAAUACUAAUGAUGAUGCGAUCAAGAACCUCUUCAGCAAGGGCACUGAUUCCGAGUUCCAGUUCACCUCGAUGAUCAUCUUCUUCCUCACCUGCUUCGUCCUCAGCAUCGUGAGCUACGGGGUCGUGGUCCCUGCAGGCCUCUUCGUCCCUGUUAUUGUAAUGGGUGCGUCCUAUGGACGCAUCGUGGGAAUGCUGAUUGGAUCCCGCUCAAACCUCAACCAUGGGCUUUUUGCGGUGCUCGGUGCAGCCUCCUUGCUCGGUGGAUCGAUGAGGAUGACUGUUUCUCUAUGUGUCAUCCUCUUGGAGUUGACCAAUAACCUACUCUUGCUCCCCCUCAUGAUGGUGGUUCUUCUCAUCUCGAAGACAGUUGCAGAUGCCUUUAACGGGAAUAUUUAUGACAUCAUAAUGAAGGCAAAGGGGUUCCCCUACCUUGAGAACCAUGCUGAGCCGUACAUGAGGCAACUCACUGUUGGGGAUGUGGUGACAGGUCCGCUCCAGCUAUUCAAUGGAAUUGAGAAGGUUGGGAAUAUUGUGCACGUGCUCAAGACCACAAAGCACAAUGCAUUCCCUGUGAUCGAUGAACCUCCAAUUUCGGUGUCCCCAGUCCUGUUCGGCCUGAUCCUCCGGGCCCACCUCAUUGAGCUCCUCAAGGGUAGGAUUUUCUCGCCAACUCCAGAGUACAGUGAGAUCGAUGUGCUUCAGCACUUUUCAGCCGAUGAUUUUGCAAAGCGGGGUUCGGGGCAUGGUGAUAGUAUCGAUGAUAUUGAAUUCAGCGAAGAGGAGUUGGAGAUGUAUGUGGAUUUGCAUCCGUUCACGAAUGCUUCGCCUUAUACAGUUGUGGAGACAAUGUCCCUCGCAAAGGCUCUCAUACUUUUCCGGGAAGUUGGUCUAAGGCACCUUCUCGUGAUUCCUAAGGUCUUCGGGAGAUCACCAGUGGUCGGCAUAUUGACAAGGCAUGAUUUCAUGCCAGAGCACAUAUUAGGCUUGCACCCUUCCCUCAUAAGAAGCCGGUGGAAGCGAUUGAGAUUCCAGUUCCCCCGCAUAUUGAAGUUUUUCUAGUGUACGCUGUUCAUAUUUUCAGGGCAUUUCCAUGAAGGGCAGACAAACAGUACUAAAAGUUCAGUACUUUGAGUCUGCAGAACUGUUUACACUUGUACACUUGCCGAAUCAAAUGAGAACUGUUUAUAAAACUGAACUUUUUUGUUGAGGGAAAGAUAAGUGCUCUGGGAAAAUGGUGGAUAUUGCUGCCCAUAUAUCAGUCCUACAGCGAUCCCACGAUAUACCGGUUGUCAAGCCGGUUCCUUCGUGCGAGUUUAUUUAUUUGAUCCUUUAAAAGUCAGGUUAUUUUUCAUUCAGUAGGUUUGUACCUAUUGUAACCUUGUAGACAUUUUGUAAAUGAGCUCGUUUUGGAUCAAUUCUUAUAAUAAAGGGCUUACCUUGCCAUCCUUUUGCAUCAA